AUUCGCACUUUCUUAUUGCAGCAAUGGCGGAGACCAGCUCAAACGCAACCAGCGCAAAACCUCAACAAAUCAAAGAGGAAAAACCGAAAGCUACUGAUGAGAAAAAGUAUGCUAUAUUUUCUAAAGAAUCAAUCAAAACCAUGGCAGAGUCUGCAGGGCAUGAGAGAUUGUCUGAAGAAACAGCAGCAAUUUUAGCAGAAGAUGUUUGUUAUCGUCUCCGAGAAGCAGUGCAGGCGAGUUCUCAAUUUAUGAAGCAUAGCAAACGGAAGCGGAUGACGUCUGAUGAUUUCAACAAAGCUCUAAGAUGGAGUGAUGUAGAGCCCAUUCAUGGUUAUGGGUCUAAUGAACCUGCUGUUUUUAGACAGAUUAAGGAUACUAAUCUUUAUUUUGUGGAAGACCGAGAUCUAAGUUUACCUGAGAUCGCCAUGGAUACCAAGAUACCCAACAGUGCAGGAAACACCUCUCUUAAAGCUAAUUGGCUAGCUUUAGAAGGUGUUCACAAGACUGUUGUUCAAUCAAGUGAUCCAGGUCAAGCUGCUGCUGAAGGUAUUCAGAAAAUCCUUGGAGUUCAAGGUCAAGGCAUGACCCACAGCAUGGAGAUGUUGUCGUCUGAUCAAGUCACUUACUAUCAGCAUAUCGUCAAGGCUAUCCUUGGCACAGAUGAGGAGGCUACAAAGGUUGUGUUAGUAGAUCUUCAGACAAACAGUAAGAUAGCAGGUUUACUUCCUUACCUGGUCAACUUUGUAUCAGUUGGUGUGAAGGUAGUCAGUUUAGAGCUGUAUCAACUCACAGGUCUUCUAUACAUCAUUGAUGCUCUUGUCAGGAAUCAGUUCAUCUAUCUUGGUCCUUAUAUGAUCCAGCUAGUAUCUACUGUGAUGUACUGUAUCUUAGAACCCUUGGCUGUCUCCAUUAAUCCCAUCAAUGACCACUGGGGUCUCAGAGACUAUGCUGCUAGGUUGCUUCUGCCAAUCUUAAGAUGUUCUAAGGAAUCUAAGAACAAGUUCUAUCAUCAGAUGUUGACAGCAUUUCAAGAAGUAAUGAAUGACCCUGCCAGACCUCUUUGUACCUAUUAUGGAGCUGUGAUGGGACUCAUUGCUCUAGGUCCACAGGCUGUUGAGGAUGUGUUAUGUCCAAGACUAUCCAGUUAUUGGGUGACCCUACAGCAGAUCUUAGAAGAUACAUCUAUUACAAGGGUGAAGGAAGAUGGUCAUAAGGUUCAUGGAGCUCUCUUAACUGCAGCUGAAACUCUUCUGAGGCACAAGUAUCAUAAAGGGGAGAAAGAGACUGAUCUACCAAGCCAGACAAGUUCACCAUGUGAUAGCCCCAGAAACAUGCCAGAGUUUGCCUUUGGUACGGCAAGCUAUGUAACUCAACUUAGUGCUUCCUCCGGAAACCUUACCCCACAUCUCAAAGAGAAACCUCCAAGGAAACACAAUAACUUCAUGGAGCUGUAUUCUGAAUUGUAUUCCUAUUUUGGAGAUAGUCUCAGUGUAAGACUUGGUAUUGAAACCGAUGCCCUUCAGGUUAUGGAAAGGUUGGACAAGCAUAUGGAGCAUACAGCGAGUUUACAAGACUUGGUGAAUGAAAGAGUUACCUUUGAUGGAACGAUGUUUAGACAACGCCAUGUUAAGAAUGCUGGUAAAGUGCUUCCCAUACCAUCCAAACCAAGGACAGUUAAUACGGAGCUUCCUAAGACAACGGGAAAGAUUCCAAGCAAAUCACCGGGUCAAAGGUUCCAAACCUCCAGGACAAGACAUGGCAAAAUGAGCAAGCGAUCUAGAUCAAGGUCUGGUGGGUUGAGAGAUAUCUUUCAGAUUGUUAAGCCUGUCAAACCUUUAUCAAAGAAGACUCAUUCUAUUCCAUUGGAAAGUAAAGUCUGGCGGAUCAAUUUAAAGAUGCCACAUGUUGGUAAAAGAAAGAAGUUAUUCAAGAGAGUUGGAAUGCCUCCCACAAAGAACUUACCAAGCAUUCAUGCAGUUUUGUGAUCAGUUAACUCAAUGAAACAAUUUUCAUUCAUUUAAUGAUAUUAAUGACAAUAAUGUAGUGCCAAGUAGUUGCAAUACAUUACUUUGUAUUUUUGAAAUGCCUUUUCCUAUAUCAGAGUUCAAUUAAUUAUUUCAGGUCUUGCAACACAAUGGUUGUAAUUUUUUGCAAAAUUUGAACAAUUUUGAUCAUUUUAUAAUCAAUAUUUUGAACAAAAUAUUCAUGCAAUAAUGAUCAUGAUGGACCAAUGCGAAUUUGAGAAUCAUCAUAAAUAUCUUUGUUACAGGCACUGGAUCAUAAUGAUACUCCUUUUAAAGGCCUCGCCCAGAUACCCUUGCUAAUUUUGAGCAGGCACCCGGUUACAACAUUUAUCAGUUUAGCAUGGGUUUAACGAGACCUGUCAACUGCUGCAAACUUACAUUGGACUUCAGGAUGUGUUUCAUUUCUGACUCUCCUCCAAAGUCUGUUACAUUUUUUGUAUUUAUACUUGCUUUCAUGUCCAAAAUCAUGAUGUCUACAAUUUCUUGUGCAAAGGUGGUUGACAUAACAUGCAUUAUUUGUCUCCACACAGG